AUGAAUUAGAAAUCUCAAAGUAUUCUAUUCACAAAUAAAUCUAAUACUAAAUCCAGUUCUAAGGCUUCAAAUACACUUUCAACCAAUAAAAUAUUGACUGGUAAAUCUAUCAGUGGUAGAAAUGACAGUGGAAGUUAGAGGAAAAAUAUCAAAAUUCAAAAUUAAUCUUCAAUUCCUAAUUCUCAUUAGAUAAAUAAUCAGUUAUCCCCUCCGCAUUUUACAAACACUAUUCCGACUAGCACAGUUAAUUAGCAAAUUAAGUCCAAGUUAGCCAUUCCUAUUAAGAGCAUUGAUAAUCUCACCUAAUUUUAAAGAAUUCAGCGCACUUAAAAUAAUAAUAGACUUGGGAGGAAGACAAUCAAGAGUCCCUCAUCCAACCAAAAUGGGAGUAAUAGCAGACUAAAUACUUAAAUAUUGACUCAAGUAAACAUGAGUCCUUCUCACUUGGAAAGAGAAACUGAAUUAAUUGAGAAAAAUAAAAGAUAGAGUGCUGUACUUCCUCUUAGCAUUAAACAACCUCUAUCUACUAGACACAAAAAUCAAAAUAACUUCUUUAUUGCUUCUGAAGAAGAUGCAGUCGCACUUUUAGAAGAUAGAGAAGUUUAGUAAGUAAAUGAUAGAGCGCAAGAACAAAAUGCAGUUUAAGAUUUUUAAAAUCUAAGAAAGUCUGCUGAAAUCCAAACUAAAAGAAUGAGCUAAAAUAGUAAGAGAGGAAGAAAUCAGCCCUCUCAGUAUCCAAAUAAUCAUUCACCAAUUCCACAACAUUUUGUCGUAAAUACUUUGGCUCAAUAGAAUCUUGAUCCUUAACAACAAGAAAUUAUGAUAGUAAACUUGAGUAAAAAAGAAGACUCAUAUUAUGGAAAUGAUAUGGAUAUUUAUGAGAUGGAAAGAUUAGGAAAUGUGAUGCUUUUGAAUCAGGUUAAACUAAAAGAAGAAUCUUCUUUUAGUAUAGUAAAUGACUCAUAAUCAAUAGUAAACCAUGAUUUGAGGUUAAGACUAGAUGAGCUGCAAUUGUAACGAGGAUCAGACUCAAUCCGAAAUUUGUCAAAAUAAAAAUCAGUAAAUGACCUUAGAAUUCCCAUGCUCUUUCAUACAAAUACGUAGCCUAAAUUGAAUCCUUUUGCGCCAAUUGAACAGGAAUUGGAUGAAAGUGUAUCAAGAAUUAAUGAAUCAGAUUUUAGGAAAAAGCACUUUCUGUUUUAGUAAAGAUCCCUCUCUUUAUCAAGUUAUCAUAAUAUGAGUAAAUAGUAGUCACAUAUCAUGAAACACUAAAAUCAAAAUAGGCCAGAGAGUGGUUCCUUACUCUAAGAUUUCAAGUCACUUUCAAGUGGGAAAAUAAUGAGAAGAGAUUCCUCAACAGGAUAGCUAUUUGAAUCUCCAAGUGAAAGAACCAUUCUAGAUGUACUCGGUCUAUGUAGUUCCAGCACAUAAAAACACUUUGGAAAUCAUAGGGACUCAGGAGUAAUGAAUAGUUGUGCUCCAUUUACAGCUCAUUGCAACAUGAACCUUGGCUAAGAAGUCAGUGAAAUAUUUAAUGUUGAGGGCACAAAUAAUCAAAUUAGCCUAGGUGGAGGUAAUAAUGGGCAAGUAUUUCUACUUCAAUCUCAAUACCAAUACCUAGACUAUCCUUCCAAGAUGCAUUCGCUUAUUUUUAUGAACCAAAGUAAUAGUUCAUAAAACCCACAGAUUAUUUUCAACAAUUAUCAUACCGGGCAGAAUGGGUCUUAAACAGGAGACUCAUUUUCAACUAAUAAAAUUGUGAAUAACUUUUUGGAUGAGAAAAGAAAAGAGUUGGAGGCUUUGUAAGAAGUAGAUAGAGAGAGUGACACAACGGAGCAAAUGACCUUUAGUCAAAAUUCUAGAGUCAACUCCUAAGAUUCAAGAAAUCAUGACUAAAAAGAUCUAGGCGAUGAAUUGAUCGUGGAGGAAUUCGGCUUAGUAGAUAGCAAAGAGGAUAUAGAUGAUUAAGAUGAUGAUUAAAUGGACAAAGAUCUUGAAAUCUAAGGAAGUCGGCGAAGACUCAGAAGAACUAGCAGAAUAUUUGAGUAUUAUAACAAAAACAAAAAAGAUAGUAUGUCCAAAAAGAAAAAGAAGAGAAGGGUGGCAACUUCUAAUACUAACAACAUGCUAAUGUCAGGAUAAUCAUAAACUAGAGGAAGUAAUAUACAGAUGAUGAGCAUUAGAGAUAUCUUGGUCGAUAAAGAUUCACUUAUUCAACAACAGCAACAACUACUAAUGACACCUGAAGAGCUUAUCUAAAAUAAAGUUGAUAGUUCUUCCUUAGUAGAACUUCACAACCCAAAAGCAUUAGUUUCUCACCCUAAGAUAUCUAGACCUUAACGAACUUCAAGAGCAAACUAAAAUCAAUAAUUCCUUCUAUAAAAUAGAAAAUUCUCGGAACAUCAAAAUCUUAACCCAUCUCACACGACUUACUGCUUAUUUUCAAGCAGCACUCCUGGAAGUCUGCUUGUUAACUAAAAUGGACAUAAAUUCAAAAAGUCACAAUCUAAAAAUCACCUUACUUCUGAAUAAAAGUUACUUGCUAAUACUGUGAACCAAAAGUCAAGAAAUAAUCUAUUCUCUCAACUACACUCUUCAAACCCUUAACUUUAAUAGCAGUAAGAAUAAUCCCCAGCUGGAAUGUAGGGCUUCUAAUCCUCUCGGACCACAAACAAUCUUGUCAUUGACAAGAGAAAAAACUAUCUUUUGAAAGAUAAUAUUAAUCCCUCUGCAACAUUAGAGCAAGCAGUCUAGAGCAGAAAUAAAACUUUGCAUGUUCUUGAGUAGAUUUACUAGCCUUUAAUUGAUAAUGAAUUAAAUAGGACAGGUCAAGAGGAUGUAGACUUGAUUGAAUUGAAACUUCCGUCUUGCCUCAGAAUUCAGCCAAAGGAGUUUGAUGCCAAAAGCUAUUAAGUGGAAGAUCCCAUAGAGUAUAUUAACGAUGUAAUUUUACUUACCUUAUUGAGUUUAAUUUAGAAAGGAAUCCCUACUGACAAAGUUUGCGCCAUUGAAGAUAUAAUCAGAUGGCGUUACGUUGAUCCUAAUGAUAAAGAUGCAGUUAAGUUUGGCAAAGAGCCUAAUUUUUCAGAACUUAAUGCUAAGAUGGAUCUCUACACGCCAAACAAUAAAAAGAUUGAGAGUAAUGCUAAGAUUGUCUAAUGGUCAGAUGGAACUUACUCUCUAGCAAUUGGAAAUGAACUUUUUGAAAUGUCAAUUGAAAAUCUAACAAAUAGAUAGUCAUAUGCUCAAUUCGAAAAGUUCCACUUAUUCAAGGGUAAUGUUACUAAGAAGAUUAUUGUCAAACCACCUCCUAAAUCAUCAAGAAACUAGAAGAGAUUUAUUAAGAGAAUCAAUGAAGCUCAGUAAAAAAUCUAGCAAGCUAAUAUCACGAUGACAGGAGAUAGUCAUGUGUUCAAAUAAUACCAGAAGAAUAAAUCUGCUAAUGGAAACAAACCUGUAAGCACCAACUUUACUAGAGAAAGAGCAGAUAGUCCAGAGGAAGAAUAAGUCAGGGGAUAAACUGGUGCUAAGAGAACUCUUGAUUAGGCUCAUGACUAACUAGAAAGAGAAUACUUUGAUCAUCCAGCGAACAAAAGAUAGAAAUUAAGCAUCAAUGAGGCAAAAGUUGUUCAUGUUGAAUAAUUGCCAAAGAUAAACGAUGGAGGAGAGAGUGGCGACGAUGAGGAUUACUACAAAACACCAAAUUAAAUUAUAAAGUAACCCGAGGCUCUUCCAUUAAAGAGUGUUGAAGAAGAAGAUGAUGAUUCAGAUAGUUCUAGCUCAAAUAGCAGUGGGAGUGAUUCAAGUGAUGAUGACGAAGAAAUCUGA